AUGUCUCAUCUUCGUCUUUUAAAUUAUGAUAAACAAAUAGAUAUUAACAUCGAUGAAAAUAUCGAUUUUAAUCAUCUAUUUUUGACAGCUACAUAUCGUCAAUUAGUAUUAGCAUCACAAUGUAUAUUAACUAUCUAUGAUCUUUCUUCGAUUCUUCUUGGUGAAAAAUUUAAUAAUUUAUAUGAAAAAAUCAUUAUACCAAAUUCAAUUCUUGCUUUAACAUCAACAACUGAUCGAAUUAUUUAUGUUUAUCGUUCAUUAGAUAAUUUAAUAGAAUUAAAAAUAUGUAUUUUACAUACAAAACAUGAAGAACAAAGUUUAAUAAUUGAAUCAUUAAAUAUAGAUGAAAAAAUUCAUUUAUGUUCACUUGAUGAUGGAACUAUUUUUAUUGGAUAUGAUUGUAAAAUAUUUUCAUUAACAAAUAAUCAAUGGUCAUUUGAUUCGAAAAUUAAAAAAAUAUGUAGUGGAAAAGAACAUAUUUUAGUUUUACUUACUGAUGGUCGAAUAUUUACUUGGGGUAAUGGUCUUCAUGGAGUACUUGGUCUUGGUGAUCUUGAACCUUGUUCACAACCUACACAUAUUGAAUCAUUAUCAAAUGAUGUUAUUGAUAUUGCUGCUGGUGGAUGGCAUUCAUUAGUACUUCUUUCGGAUGGAUCAGCUAUGUCAUGGGGUUGGAAUAAUGAUGGUGCUCUCGGUCUUAAUUCUUCUGAUAAAGAUGAUGUAUCAGGUGUAUUUUGUGAUCCAACACUUGUUACUUGUUUACCAUUGGAUGUAGAUUGUAUACAUAUAUCUGCUGGUGCAAGACAUAGUGUAUUUAUUGGAUCAAAUGAUCAUGUAUGGUUAUGUGGUUCGAAUAAACAUGGUCAAUUAGGCAAUUUAUCUUUAUUUUCUAUUGAAAAAGGAACUACUAUUUAUUGUUCAUCUUGGUUUACUUUUUUAAUUUCUCGUAGAAUUUAA